AGACAGUACCAGGACCUGACGCAACAGCAUUAGGAGUUGGCACAGCUCCGCCGCAUGGUGCAAAGCCACGAGGAUGCAACUCGGGCACUCAAUGCUCGAUUGCUGGACCUGGAACAGGCUGUACCAGGACCAGCUGCUGGGGCUUCCAGCAGUGCACCCUCUAGCCGCCAACUGGAGGACCGCGUUGACCACGUAGUGGCAAUGCUCGGCGACAUCAGCACCUUCGCUGCGCCGACCACCACCAUCAGCAGUCAACUGCAUACAUUGAAGACCGAGGUCCAGCAGCUGCAGACGACGAACGCGGAUGGCAACCCGAAGAUGUAUAAGAUGCCAACUUUCAAUCUGGAGAGGUUCAACGACUACACGCAGCAGGAUCCGGUGCUUUGGUGGGAAGCAUUCACAACGCAACUCAGGAUUCUGCCCGUAGCCAAGCAUGCGUACAUCAGCGCCCUGUUCCUGAACUCAAAGGGCGGAUGCCAGACCUGGUUGAGCCACCUAGCAACCUCCCACGGCGUCGACGUACCAGACUUAAAGGACCAAAUCACAUGGGAGGAACUGACACGGCUGUGGAAGAAGCGGUUCAUCGUCGACAAUGCGCCGACACUCGCCAUCAACCGUUUGUUCACCAUGUCACAGGGCAACACUGCAACACGGGAUUGGCUCACAGAGUGGCAGAAGAUUGCGGCAGUGCCCAAUCUGGAGCUGCCUUUCACUCAUCUCAGACGUGAGUUCAACAACAGAUCCUGCACUGCAUUGAGCCAGGCUCUUGGUGAUCGUGAGCAGUACUCCACUUUCGCCGAGAUUAUCGACAAGGCGAGAGAGAUCAUCAAGACCAACAGGUCAGCUGCACACGAGAAGUCACCAUGGCAGCCGACCUAUGUGGAGAAGGUACAAACUGAUCCGCGACAGCAACACUUCGCUGCAAUUCGGCAGGACAGUGGAGAUAACCCAGCAGCCACUCCAGCAUCAAGUGACGGAGAUCAGGUGGCUGCUGUCCAGCCGCGAAGCAACAACAAGUCCCGCAACAAUGGGAAGGCGAAAUCCGCAUCACAGGCAAGAAAUGGACAGCCAGGACAAUUUCCAUGGGUCAAGUUUGGCUUGACCGAGGCGGAGUACAAGGUCCGCGGCCGCUACGGCAGCUGCUAUUGGUGCAACAGCACCAAGCACAAGACCUCUCUGUGCCAAGAUCAGGGCAAGGAGGAUGACUAUGCUGUCCACUUGGUUCCACCGCUGGACCAACCGCUCCACGUGCAACAGUCCACCGCAUGCACGGUUUCAUCACCAUCGGCAACCGAUUCAGCAGCUUCGCCGCAAUCUAUCGCCGGGGAUUCGACGUCAUGGUCAAGACUUGAAGAGCUCGACCCGUUGACGUUCACGGACUUCCAGUGGAUGCCCGUUCCCUCGGUCGGACGAUUGUCGAAACCGCAUUGCAACGUGCUUAUGGCACAAUUGCGGGACUACUUGCACACUGCAGUACCAGCUCCGUUGAUGGACGCCGGAGCAGAGGUUGUCGACCUUCACGUUUACAUCGCGAAGAUCGACCGCGAGUUCAAGACGCAACGGUACGACGACAUCGACGCACCAUUGCUAUACRUACGCAUUCAGAUCGGAGAGGCGACCUACAGUGCCUUGAUCGAUUGCGGAGCAUCUCGCAACUACAUCAGUCAGGACUUCAUGCUACGCGCCGACCUUGGCCCACGUGUCCGGAGGAAGUCCCAGCCUACGCAAGUCACCCUGGCAGACGGUCAUAUGCACAAGUCCAUCGACCGGUGCAUUGACGUCGUCCCAGUGUACUUUGCCCCUCACGCAAGUGAGACGGUGUCCUUUGCCAUUCUGGACACCAAAUUCGACAUGAUCUUGGGCAUGUCAUGGCUGCGAAGCAAGGAUCACCCGGUGAACUUCUUCAACCGUACCGUUCACGUUCGUGACUGGAACGGAGUAUUAGUUCCAUACACGGUGCCUCUUCCUCAUCCUUCGAUCAGCUGCCACGUGGUAUCCGCCGCAAGCAUGCGAGCUUCCAUCAUCAGAGACGACAUCGAGGAGAUGGGGGUGUGUUUUCUCCACGCCCUUCCGCCCCAUGACGCUUCAUCGACGGACUCACCUUCGGAUCCACGCAUCACCGAACUUCUCGACRCCUACAGCGACGURUUCGAAGGCCYGCACGGAGUAGUACCGGAUCGACCCAUCCGCCACGAGAUCAUCCUCGAGGACGGGGCCGUACCUCCGCGCGGUUGCRUCUACCGAAUGAGCGAGGAAGAGUUAAGUGUGCUCCGCGCACAACUCGACGACCUUCUAGAGAAAGGCUGGAUUCGGCCUAGCUCAUCGCCAUACGGUGCUCCUGUUCUCUUCGUCCGGAAGAAGAACAAGUACCUGCGGUUGUGGAUCGAUUAUCGCAAGCUCAACGCGCAGACGAUCAGGAACGCCGACCCUCUCCCACGCAUCGACAACCUUCUCGAGCGAUUGGGCGGCGCCCAGUUCUUCUCUAAGUUGGAUCUCAAGUUAGGGUACCACCAACUCGAGAUUCGCAAGGAGGAUAGACCGCGUUCAAGACACGACCAGAAAGAUUGGGUUGACCGCCUCCCCGACAUCGAGUUCGCCUACAACACUUCGGUGCAUCCGGCGAUCGGCGUAACUCCAUUCGAGUUGCACCACGGUGGACGGAAAGGCCGGAUCUUCGUCGACCUUCUCCUCCCUCGACCAGCCGACAUUGACGUUGCCUGCUCUCCCGCUUCCGUUCGGAAGUACAGGGAAUCGCUCACUCAAGCCCGCACAAAUAUGCAAAAGGCUCAAGUCCGCAUGCAGCAGCAAGCCAACAGGCGUCGCGUACCAUGUCCCAUCCGCGCCGGUGAUCUGGUUUGGGUCUCCGCGGAAGAGUUUGCACUGGAACAGGAUGUUUCACGCAAACUGCUUCCCAAGUGGUUUAGACCUUGGUCUGUGACAGCAGCCGCGGGCGAUGAGCCCGAUGGCCCUUCAUUUGUGAUGAACAUUCCAGAGCAUCUGACGGUCCAUCCGGUCUUCCACGCCUCGAAGCUGGCAACAUACACGCCAGCCAAGAGCGACGACUUUUCGGACCGACGAUCGCAGGACCCUCCUUCUAUGGAUGGCCAUCAGGAAGUUGACCGCGUCAUCUUCGAUCGCAAGUACGACAGCAAGCCGCAGCAGUACAAAGUCACAUUCAAAGCAUGCGAUCGCGACGACACUCGGUGGAUUUCAGACGCAUAUUUGAAAGCAUCCGCACCGCUGAUCUACACGCAUUAUGAAAAGCGGAGGUUAGCUCAGGAAGCUUCACGACCAGCCCCUCCCACCCGGACUGUGGUCCCUCCCUCAGACAGACAGCUUCGCCCUCGCAGGUAAGCUCGGUUCUUCAAGGAGAGGGGGUGUGGCAUACCGCAUAGCCACACGGGCCCUGCAGGGCCCGUCCCGGACAUUCAGCCUAAAAGCCUA